AUGGGAAGAACAUAUAAAAGAAAAGAGGGUGCAAACCCACGUAUACGUGUUGACCCACAAAUUCACCCACAAGUUGACCCACAAGAAGCAGUGAACAAGGUAUUGGAGGGAAAUACGAUUAAAGUAUCGUUUUGGACCGGAAACUUCUGGAAUAUUGACGAGACGGGGCUGAGUACUGUACAUAAACCUAAGAAAAUUGUUGCUACUAAAGGUGUAAAGCAAAUAGGGAAGAUGACAUCAGGUGAACGUGGUGAAUUGGUAACUGCGUGCUGUGCUAUAAAUGCAAUGGGAGGAUACAUUCCUCCAUUCAUGAUCUUUCCACGCAAGAACUGGCAAGAUCGUAUGUUGAACGGUGCACCUGCAGGUACAAAUGCGAGCGUAUUUCCUUCAGACUCGAUGACUGCUGAGAAUUUUAUAAAGUUUUUACAACAUUUUAAAAAAUACACCAAAUGUUCAGUUGAGUAUCCGAUGCUGAUUAUAAUGGAUAAUCACGACAGUCAUAUUAGCAUAGAAUCAUUAAACUUCGCUAAAAAGAAUGGUAUAAAUCUUUUGACAAUACCUCCCCACACGUCUCAUAAAACACAGCCUUUAGACAGAACAGUGUUUGCACCACUCAAAGCCUAUUAUGAUACAUGUAGCGAUUGGAUGGAUCAGAAUCCUGGCAAAACUAUAACGAUUUAUGAAACAUCGGAAUUACUCGGGAAUAUUAAUACAAUUUUUACACCUCUGAAUGUUCUGAGUGGAUUUCGAGUAAAUGGAAUUUAUCCCUUCAAUAAAGACAUUUUCACCGAUGAUGUAUUUCUCUCGUCGUAUGUUACGGACAGGCUUUUAGUUACUGAAACAAAUCCAGAACGCACUGGUGAGAAUGACCAAUCACAAAACUGUGAACUGUUGUCUCCACAACGAUCAGCUACACCAUCAAUUCUAUCUGAUGCAACAUUGACACGUCAAGACUUUGAGAUUAACCCGAAAGUACCUGAAAAUACCACACAAGAUGCGAUUAUACCGGAACAAUUCACAUCCAACUCUGUCAAUCCAAAUGAGGUCCUGAUAUCUAGUACACACAAAACUCCUACAAAGAGAGCUGCUCCAUCAAGUCCACAACCAGGCUGUUCAAAAAUCUUGAAACGUUUUAAGACUCCUGAGGAAAUAAAACCAUUCCCGAAAGCUGGUUGCCGAAAAAAGGAAAAAUCUUCAUCGGAAGAUGAUGAUGAAUUGCCUCCAUCACCAGAUUCCACGUAUGAUAUGUCUGAAGAUGAAAAUGAUGACGAAUAUGAUGUUUUAUCUAGUUGUGAAUCUGAAGAUGAUCAUGGAAAUGACAUGCCACCCGACGAAACUAACGAUUGGGUUAUUAUUCUGGAUACAUUAAAAAAUUUGCAAAAAAAAAUUGACGACAAGAAAUUCAAGUGGCCUAUAAAAGACGAUGUUGCUGAAGUGGCUAGAUACCAAAUAGAAAAAAAAUCUACCUGA